AUGAACUUAUAAAAUUCCAAUUACAAAAUACUCUCAAUUCUAGGAGCUGGCUCUGGACAUUAAGUCUUGAAGGUCCAAAAUAUUUAGACUUCUCAAAUUUUAGCCUUAAAAAUAGAAAAAAAUUCUAACUUAGGCUAAUUAUAAGGAGAAAUAGAAAAAUUGAAAGACCUUGUUGGCAUCAAUGGUAUUCCUUAGUUAAUUGAUUAUGGAUAGACCUAAGAUUCUAAGUAAAUAUUAUCAUAAUUUUUAUAGAAGUUUUUUAAUCACUCCACUUUUACAAAGAAAUCUAUAGGAGAUCACAAAAGUACACCUGCUAUCGCUACAUCAAACUUUAGCGAUUGGUUUAAGUCUGAUUGAAAUUUUACAAUAAAUACAUAAAAAAGGCAUUCUACAUCUUGACAUUAAACCAGAAAAUAUAAUGAUAUCAUAACCUUUUAUCAACGUUUCAAGUGAUCAAAUUCUAAAACCUAAUUUCAUAUUUCUUAUAGAUUUCGGCCUAUCUUAAAGGAUAGGACUCAAACAAUACCCAAAGAAAGUUUUUGUUGGGUCUUUAAGAUAUGCUAGCAGACAAGCUCAUAAAGGAAAUCCACUUGGGUAUAAGGAUGAUUUAGAAUGUCUUCUAUAUGUUUUAGUUUAUCUCAGAAAUUGUAAAAUGUUAUGUACUAUUUUUUUAGAGAACUUACCUUGGUAAUCCUUAAAACAAUAACCAUCCCAAUAAAUGGAAAUAAAAAAAAUAGGAGAAAUGAAAGACGCCAUUUUUAAUACAUCAGUUCUAUCCUAGAAGUUUCCACCAUAAUUUUCAUUAUUCAAAUCAUAUAUUGAAACUUUAACACAAAAGACUAUGCCUGAUUAUGAGUACAUUAAAAACAUUUUCAAAUCGAUGCUUUCAGUAGGGGAUCAAUCUACAUCUGCUAAAUUAACUAAUUCAGCCUCUCUAAGCUAAUCAAUCAAGGGGACAAAAUAAAAUUAGAAUACUGAGUAGAUACUGAUGCUUCUGGAAAAUAUACAAAAUAAUGAUUCUAUUGAUAUAUCUGAUGAUCAAAUGGACACUGAGACUUCGAUUGUAUUAAUCUCAGACUUAAUCAGAUCUUAUCCUACCUCUUCUAUUAAAUCGAUAACUGAUAUUAAAUUUUGA